GCGGACAUGUCAUUGGACGAAGUGAUCGCUCGUCGGAAAAUUCAAGGUUCUGGAAGUCGGGGAAGGGGACGAGGUAGGGGCCGUGGUGCUGGCAUGGUACAAACAAAAACUCCAGUUUUAAAUCUGCAAUCUAAUCGAGGACGCAUGUCUACCAGUCAAGGGCACUUAUCAACCAAUAGAGGUCAGUUCAAUGUUCGAACAAAUCUACAAUCAUCUGUACCUGAUGCUAGACAAAAAUUGAUGCAAAAAGCUAGGCUGACCGACGCUAGGGAAAGACUGAACCAAAAGGCUAAAAAAACUGAUGCUAGGAUGAAAUUAAUUGCUAAACGGAGUAAACAGCCUGACAUCAAUGUAGAAGAACAAGAAAUACAAAGUGGACACAUUGACAUGACGACUGGUACGCCAACAAUAACCAUAUCAAAUCCUGAAGCACCAACAGCCACACCUAAAGUAACAAUUAUGAAUCCUAGAGCUCAGUUAAUUACUCUUCACAAUCCUAAAAUUCAUAAUCCAAAUAUGGCUGCCUCAAGAUUGAGUAACAAGGUGCAAUCGACUAAGGGACAACUGAAAAUUACAACUAUCAACGAAAUGGCAAAAAAAAGGAAAGCAGGACCUGUACGGCAUAUCCCAGUUUUGGGUAGAGUCAAGAUGAACAUGCAAGAAGAAGAGUUGGAAGAUGAAGAAAUGGAGGAGGAAUAUGAGUAUGAUAUUGAUGAUGAAGAAGAAAUUGAAGAAGAAUUAGAAGAAGAGAUGACACCUCCGCCACCACCAAAACUAACAAGAAUAUUGAAGAAGCCAGCAGCACCACCAAAACCUAAGGCCAAUGAGUUUCUGCAUGGUAGUGGUGUAAGUCCUUUACAAGGUGCUAGAAUGACAAUAACCAAUCUUCACCCAAGUGUGUCUGGAGAUGAUAUUGAGGAAUUAUUUGGAGCUGUGGGUGCCUUGAAGAAAACACGUCUCUUAAGACCAGGUUCAGCUGAGGUGGUUUUUGUGAAACGAGAAGAUGCUAUGUCUGCAUUUAAAACAUACCAUAACAGAGAAUUGGAUGGCCAGCCAAUGCAGUGUAAAUUAGAUUCACUUGUUUCUCCCACGAUGUCAACAUCAGCAUCAGCAGCACCAUUAGCAACAUCAGGACCAUUACUGUCUUCGCUUCGAAAGAAAGAAUCGGCAGGGAGGAGAGAACCCCCACCUGAGGUAGACCCAACACUGAUCACAAAAGCUUUGUUCAAAACCACUGGCAGUACACCAACCAGACCAGUCACAUUUACUGUCAAGUUGUAACGUUUGUCACCUUCUGCAGUUGACAUGUUAUGUUUGUCGCCCUCUGCAGUUGACAUGCUAUGUUUGUCGCCCUCUACAGUUGACAUGUUAUGUUUGUCAUUCUCAACAGUUGACAUGUUGGAUGUGAAUUGUAUACAUGUACCACUGCCAAUACCAAGUCACUUUUAUGUCAAAAAUAUAGAGAUAACAACAAGAUUCACCAAAUUCAUAUCUGAUAAUAUCAUUCUUGAUUUCUCACUCUAAGCCAAUUAUUGGUUAGAUCCAUAGAGGUACAAUUAUCUAUGUCAAUUAUAUUGUAUCCUGAGAGUGCAAUGAUGACAUCAUUCUUAUGUCUGUCAAUGAAGGCUAAGAUAGCUUCCUAUGUACAAACCAUACUUGUCUUUAAAGGACAAGGAGCUGAUGGUUUCAAACAUUUUUUAUAAUGUAAUACAGAGUCAAAAUGAUCAUUUGGUACCAAAUGAAUACUAAGACCAGGAAAAAAAAUUCUCUGUUUCUUGUUUCAUGAAAACUUUAAAAUGCCGAUUUUUUUUUUUUUUAUUAUUACUGAGCUAAAAUAGGAGGAAUUUGAGACAAAUGCGAGUACAAGCGCAUUUUAGAAUGCUUUAGAAGGAAAAAACGUCCAAGGCGCAAUGAUGCACGUGAAAACGAGAAACAUUUUUUUUUUUCUCAGCCUAAUAGGUUAAAGUGUUUUGGGGGGGGGGGGGUAUACAUAUGAUAACAGUACUUAGACUGCCGUGAGAUUACCAGUAAUGUGUGUUUGAACAAAAAUGCAUUUCUUGCUGCAUACAUGAAUGUUUGCAUAACUAUAGUCUAUGUGGCUUGCCAUAUAACUCUGUAUUUUACUCAUUUGAGCCAUUAAUAUCUAUUUUGUAACAGUUUUAUAUGGAUUUAAAAUAUGUCAUAGAAAGCAGAUUAACACUUGCUAAUACAUAGUUGUGUUCUCUUUGAUAAUCAAACUCAGAUCCAGGCAUACUCUCGCCAU